AUGGGAAGCCUCAAGUUCUUAAGCGCUGCCUUCUUGGUUUUAAUAGUUUUUGACGUCUGUUUAGCUGCUCGAUCACCAAAAGCUCUUGGUAGAGGCGGCUAUGGAGGAGGAAACGGUAGUGGAGGAGGCGGAGGCGGCGGUAGAGGGGGCGGGGGUGGGGGUGGGAGUGGAGGAGGUAACGGAGGUUCAGGAUAUGGAUCAGGCUAUGGAAGCGGCUCUGGAUAUGGAAGUGGUGGUGGUGGUGGUAGAGGAGGCGGAGGUGGAGGUGGCGGUGGAGGAGGAGGAGGAGGAGGUGGCGGUGGGAGCCGUGGAAAUGGAUCAGGAUAUGGAAGCGGAUCUGGUGAAGGGUAUGGAAGCGGAUACGGUGGGGGAGAUAACUAUAGUGACUCACCGUAA